AUGUCGCGACGAGGUGGUUUGCGUAAACGUUUAACGGGUGAAAAUGAUGAAGAAUAUGCCUUAAGAAGGCAAAAGAAUAAUGACGCCGUUAAUAGGACGAGGCAGAAGAAACGCAUGGAAGAACGCGAUUUAGUGGAACGCGUUGAGGAAUUGCGCAAAGAGAAUGUAAAACUGGAAAAUGAGGUGGAAGCCCUGAAAAAGGAACUGGAUUUUUUAAAAGAAAUGUUUGGAAUAUAUGCGAAAGCUAAUCGAAAUAAGAAAUCAGAUGAUGAGAAAAACUCAGCUAAAGAUAUGGAGCAGGAAGUUGCGCAGUUUUCUAAGGCAGUGGAUGAAUGUUUAAAGGCGUCGAACGAGGCUUUAGAAGUUAUUGAGGAUUUGGCUAAAGACAUUAAGAAUUACAGUGGUCGAGAAUAUAUUAUAUUCAAAUUUGCACACUUAAAUGAUUUUCAUUUUGAGGGGAUUUCUUUGCUUGAAGUGAAAAAUCAUGAUCACUUGGCCUACUUAUGCAAUAUGGCAUAUUUAAUGGGACAGAUGAGUCGUGCAAAAAGUAUACAGGGAGAUGAGGCUAUCGAUCGUCUAAUUUAUUUACGAAUUAUUCUUGAACGCAUUCGUCCAAUAGAUCAAAAAAUGCGAUCACAGAUUGAGAAAUUAUUUUCAAGAUCAAGGACGAAUGAACAAAGAAAGAUUUUACGACCUCACCCUGAAUUAAUGAAAGUCGAUGAUGUUGGUAAAGAAAGUAGUGAUGAAAAUAAUGACAGUGAUAAUGAACCAUCAAGCGCCAAAAAAUAUGUUCCUCCCAAACUUGUACCUGUUCAUUACAAUGAAGAUGAAGAAGCUGAAAAUGAGAAAAAAAUUGAACGUGCAAGAAAACGAGCUUUGCAAAGUAGCCUUAUACAGGAUCUGCGAGCAGAAUACACUGAUGCUCCAGAAGUGAUUAUGGAAGAUCAGAGACCUCAAAAAAGAAGGCAAAAUGAUGACGAAAAACAGAAAUACGAAGAAGAUUAUUUUAUUCGUCUACAAGUAUCGAAAAAAGAAAAGCACAAACGUCGUUUGGAAAAUCGGCAAAAUUUGUUGGAUGAUUUAUUGCAUUUUGGCGAUUAUAUGGCUUUGGACGCAAAGGAUAAACCAAGUCAAAAUCUUGCAAAGUCUAGGAAAAAUUCAAAAAAACUGAAGAAAGUCGGCAGCAAGAGCCACAAAAGUUCAACAAGACACAUUAAAAAAAAGUUAAAAAUAAAAUCUGGGAGAAUUAAAAAAUCAUACAAAUGA